UGUGCACUCCCCAACAAUUCGCUAGUCCCCGGCCACAUCUUUCUUGCUCCCAUAUUAAGCCCAGCCGAGCCGAGCAGAGCCCCCGGCCAGAUGCGAACAUCCCCACAAACAUCUUAUCUCCCGGGGCCAGACCAGAGAAUUGGAAUUGCUUCUCUCCUCCUCCACCGUUCUUGUUCUUCUUCUUCUUCUUCGCCGGCGUGCCGCGGCCAUGGCUAGGAAGUGCUCUAGCUGUGGCAAUAAUGGCCACAACUCCAGGACCUGCGGCGGGAACGGCAGGGUCAUGAUGGAGAACGGCGGCGGCGGAGUGAGGCUGUUCGGGGUGCAGCUGCAUGUGGGGUCGUCUUCUCCCAUGAAGAAGUGCUUCAGCAUGGAGUGCCUGUCGUCCGCGGCGCCGGCGGCGUACUACGCGGCCGCUCUCGCCGCCAGCAGCUCCUCGCCGUCCGUGUCGUCGUCGUCGUCGCUUGUCUCGGUGGAGGAGACCGCCGAGAAGGUCACCAACGGGUACCUUUCGGACGGGCUCAUGGGCAGGGCGCAGGAGAGGAAGAAGGGGGUUCCAUGGACCGAGGAUGAGCACCGGAGAUUCCUGGCAGGCCUGGAGAAGCUCGGGAAGGGCGACUGGCGAGGCAUCUCCCGGCACUUCGUCACGACGCGGACGCCGACGCAGGUGGCCAGCCACGCCCAGAAGUACUUCCUCCGGCAGAGCAGCCUCACGCACAAGAAGCGGAGGUCCAGCCUCUUCGACGUCGUCGAGAACGCAGACAGGGCGGCGACGAGCGCGAACGAGCGUCUGAGACAGAGACGCGGCGGCGGGCUCGGCGCCGGACACGGAGCUCCCGGCUCUGUCUCUCGGCAUCAUCAGCCGGCCGGCGAAGCCCGAGCGCAUCCUGCCUCCGAGCCUUUCGUCCCUGCUGCCACGGUGCUCAUCGGCGAUGAGCAGCAGCAGCGGGAGCACGUCGCCGAGCGGGCCGCACCGAGGCAGAAGCACCCUUCGUCCCUGACGCUGUCCAAGCCUCAUCAUGCGAGCCUCCAGCAGGCGGCGCCGGACCUGGAGCUGAAGAUCUCGACGACCGCCGACUACCAGGCCGGUUCGUCGCCGAGGACGCCGUUCUUCGGGACCAUCAGGGUCACGUAACCGGAAAGGCGAUCGACGAUGAUCCGUUGCUCGAAGAGCUUUUGCUCAUCUGGAUGGAGAAGAUGAAGAAAGGGUGGAGAGGGAAAGGAUCAAAGGAGGAGCUUUUGGUGUAGUGGUGUAUGUGUGUGUUGGUGGCCAAAGCCGCCGCCGUCGUCCGUCCUGUUGAUGAUGCAUCUUCAGAAGAUGAAACUUUACUGGCCUAAUUUUAGACGUGCAAAUAAAGAACGGCUGCUGAUGCCUGCCUUCUCUUUGGCCUCU